AUGAAUAUCUUCAGGUUAUUAGCCGACUUCUCCCAUUUGGCGUCGAUCUUCAUGCUUCUGCAGAAGAUGAAGACGUCAAGCAGUUGUUCCGGGUUGUCGUUCAAAUCGCAGGUGCUAUACCUUCUCGUUUUUGUCACUCGGUAUCUUGAUCUUUUCUGGACGUUCACCGACUCCCUGUACCUCACUACGUUCAAGCUUCUGUUUAUCGGUUCCUCGGCCUACGUCAUCUACCUCAUGCUCAACGACUACAAACCCACACAUGAUCCCAACAUCGAUACUUUCAAAGUUCAAUACCUCCUCGGAAUUAGCGCGGUGCUCGCGAUUCUGUUUCCGCGCGAUUAUCGCAUCUCCGAGAUACUCUGGACUUUUUCCAUUUGGUUGGAGUCGGUUGCUAUAUUGCCACAACUAUUCAUGCUGCAACGAACCGGGGAAGCGGACACCAUCACCACCCACUAUCUGUUUGCUCUGGGACUCUAUAGGGCACUCUACAUCCCCAACUGGAUCUUCCGCUAUUUUACCGAAGCCUCCUUCCAACGCUCCUUCCAGCCUGUGAGCAUUAUCGCCGGAAUCAUCCAAACUUUGCUUUACUCCGAUUUCUUUUACAUUUACUACAACAAGGUUUUGAAGGGCAAGAAGUUCUCGCUUCCUGUUUAA